AUGUUUCUCGUGGAAGUGAUCCGUCUCAAGGUGUUACGGACCGACGCUCCAGCGCGUACUACCGCAGCAAUCAGCGAGAUGAGUGUGGAGCAGAGCGUUCUCCCAAGAAAAAAACUCCCAGUUGUGGCAUUCAGAGUUCCUCCUCUUCUGAGCAUUGCAUCAGCUCAUCUGACCAAAGAAAAGUGGAGUCCUGCACCAGCUCAUCCGACCAAAGAAAAAUGGAGGGACAACCGAGUUCGUGUAGCCAAAAAAAAGCGGGAAAAGUGUGUACGCCAGAUAAACCAUCGAAUGAAGCGUGUCAAGGAAGCUCCUCGAGUCAGGUAUCUCCCGAGCAAUGUCCAUGUUACUUCUACGCCUCUAAGCGCAAUUGUCAAAUUCGUCCACAAGAACCGGUCAGAAACGAAAGAUCUCGCACCGGUCUGCGACAACCGGAUCCGUGUCGCCGCACUCCUCAAAACCAAAUGCGUUCCACGGAGAUACGCUCCUCUCAAUGUGGCCAUAAAAAAUGCCACCGGCCUCCGACAAUGGAGGAGUGUUCAAAGUGCAAGUGCCAUCAGCAAAGAAAUCGUUCUCCCGAGAAACGACCGUGUUCAACAAAUGAAACCUGCAUUCAUCGAGCUCGUUCUCCUGACCAACCUCGGUGCUGCUCUGCCAAACAAGCUGCCGCAUCAGCGAAAACUCUCACCGACUCAUGCCAGAAACGGGAGACAAAGGUCAGUGAUGCCCUUCCUUGGGCAAUCUACAAGUCCAUUCUUUCGGAAAUUUCGGCAGAAGAAACGAACUCCCGAGGUGCAUCUUUCGUUGAACGCAUUCGAAGAUCAGAUGAAGAACGAAAUCGGAAACCCUGUUGUGAAUUUCGGUGAAAAUUCAAAUUGGCUUCAGGUAAGUAUUCUCUCCAACUUUGGAACAGCACAUUUACCUAUUGAAACACCUUCGGCACAGGAGCGGGAGCUUUUUGUGCUCCUCAAAAGGGCGACGUCAGUGAACCCUGCUGUCAGCAUAUGCUACGACAGUGUAAAAGGAGCAACUGCAAAUCAUCUUUCUAUGAAUGGAAGGUGUCUAUGUUUACCCGAAAACGAGGAAAUGGAGGGUUCCACAGGUGAUAAAAAAUGCGUGCACGAAGAGGAGGGGAAGGAGGAGAAAGAAGUCACUAAGGCAUCCGAAGGUGAGGAUGACGGCAAGCUCCAGCCACCAUCACGCUGGAAGAUUGAAACUGAAUUCCAGGCUACAGAAAAUUCUACUGUAAUAGAAGGAGUCGAGCAAGAAGCACGGUCACUUUCUAUCAAGAGUUUGGAGAACUUGAGUCCGGCCAGAGAUGUAGUGGUGACCGAAAAAUCUGUUCAAUCAUCGCCGACCAUUCUUCACAACAAGAAAACCGCCACAGAGACCGGUGGAUGCCCAGACACGACGGAAGGGGAAGAAUUUGCCAGCGCUUCAGACUAUGGAAUUAGACGUAAGGCGGACCAAGAAAUGCUAGAAGCUGAGAUAUCAAUCCCAUCUAAACGGACUGAUGUGCUGUUGGAUCGGCUGAUUCUAGAGGCCGUUUCUUCAAUGUCCAUUUGGAAGAGGAAGCAGGGAAAGGAGGUGAUCGCGCAGGAGGGGCAUCGACUGUUUAGGACUUAUAGAUGUGGGGGGAUAAGUCAAGAGGUGGAUUGA